UUUAACAGCGAAUUAAGUGUUGAUCCGYGCAAUAGUUUGGUGUAAAAUUGACAUGGCAAUGAACGGCGAUGGAGUGCAUGGACUGAACGGAGAGACGGUGGCCCCAUCUGAAGCUAAACACACCAAYGGCACUCCUAGCAAGUCAAACAUAGCCUGUGAAAACGGCGAGGCAGAAAUCCACGCUGCUAAGCAAAAUGGAACUAAGAGAAGAACCCCAACUGAUACGUUCUCUUUCACUGCCGAACCUACCAUCGAUGACAUACGACGGAUGCAAGCGGAAUUUACUGACGAGCGAGACUGGAACCAGUUCCACCAACCCCGCAACCUCCUGCUAGCUAUGGUCGGAGAAGUGGGCGAGGUAUCUGAGCUGUUCCAGUGGCGUGGCGAGGUGACCGAAGGACUUCCCGGCUGGACCGACUCCGAGCGCGAGCACCUGGCACAUGAACUCAGCGACGUCCUCAUCUACCUAGUUGARCUGGCCGAGAAAUGUCAUAUCGAUUUACCCCAAGCAGUGCUGCGCAAAAUGGCCCUAAAUAGGCUGAAGUACCCUGCCAGCAAGGUGCAUGGCUCGUCUAAGAAGUACACUGAAUACAAGGACUGAGCGAUUGCAUGCUGUAAUGCCCAAUUGGCGUAAUGAACACACCCCUGCAUUUACAAAUUAGACAAGAACUGAAAAAUACUGUUCAACUUCAGUUAAUGGCAAUGGAGAAUGUUUAUACAAUCUUUUAUUUAGGGCACUACUGUAUCUCAUUAGUUGGUCAAACUGCCAUUAGCUGCUUUUAGUUUUAUAAAGUGCGUUUUAAUUCCAGUGUUUUUCUUUAACUAUAUGGUUAUUCAUCUUUGGACUUCCCUCUGAUGGUUUGUCAUUUUAACUGUUCCCCAAAGUCAAAUGUAUAGGCCCUUGUAAGAAGUAUAUUUUAUUUUUCAUAGUAUGAGUAAUGUUAGGGUUGCGUGUCAAAAAACCUUAUAAAAACCCCACAGUAACUACAUUUAAAUCUCUUAAAUCCAUAUUGUUGUCAAUGAUCGAUGGAAGCUAUGUUCUUUUGUUGCUUUAAAUUUAAUGCAUGUGUGCGACUGAUAGAAUCUUCCGCCCAAAAGUAAAAGUGCCUUCAACUAUA